AUGAUACAGCUUCGCAUUUCUGUUUCCAUAGCCGAAUUUGCUAUACGUCUUCCUCAGCCUUUCUCACGGAUAACACAUAAUGUAGAACUACUGUGCUCAAGUCUGCUCAUAAGAAGGCUUAGGGCUUAUACAGCUAUUUUUUUCUAUGAUCUCAAAACUAUCUCCAAUCUCCUGGCAUUUUAUUGUUUCAUUGAUUGUGAUGAUAUUUUUUUUCUUUUCAGACCUGACAUUGGUGAACUCCAAAUUGCUUACAAGUUUGCUCAAGGCCCAUACAAGGAUUCGGGGAUGCUCUUUACUGAAGUCCAUACGCUGUUACCACAAUAUCGUACUGUUGGUGUUUAUUAUGAUGACCCAAACACAAAACAGCCCCACAAGUUGCGCUACAUUGUGGGCAUCAUACUGUCAGAAAAUGGUAGUCCAACAAACGCAGAACAUGUAAAACUCCUAGAAGAAAAUAAUUACAGAUUUGCAACAUUUCCAUCUAUUGACCAUGCAGUCCAAACAAGAUUCCCAUUCAAAAGUACAAUUUCUAUUAUUGUGGCUAUAAUGAAAGUUUAUCCAUCUCUUCGUGAGUACAUCGAACACAGAAGUUUGUGUGCUCGUCCAUUCCUAGAAGUCUAUGACAACGAGAAAUCAGAGAUAUUGUUUGUAGGCCCACUGGCACGUCAGGAUGAUUUCUAUGUCCCAGAGGUGCUUCAGGAAGAAGAGGACAACAGAGAUGACGAUGACUUUGAGGAUGAUCGGACUGAAAAUUCAAGCCGGUCGUGGGAUGAGUCUGCAUCAUUCAUAAGAGGUGGUGGUGAUCUGAAUGAUUCAGAAUGUUCAGAAAGUGUGGGUGAUGACAGUUCCAGCCACCCUUUAGCCUCGACACAGGACAGCCCCAGUGUCCCACCCUCUUCCUCGCUACAAGACAGAACAGAUUCCUCCACACUUCAUGUUUUACCUCCGCCUGCUCAGGGAGAACCAGAAACACCUGGAGGGAAUCAGCCUGUUCCCCCACCAACUGAAGUUGUUGCAGCCAGCACUUCAGCUGUGGUUCCUCCUCCAGCUCCAGCCAAUGAAGGUUUAGAUGGGGCCGACACAGCCUCAGCUGGGGGAGACGAAAGUGAUGCUAAUACUGGCUCUUCAUUUGAAGAGAUUGAUGAGAGAGAAGCAGCAGUUAUGCCUGAAGUAGGCACUAUGGAUGAGAAUCUUUCUGCUUCUGUGAAAAAGGAUGAGGAUGAAGGGGAACGAUAAAGAUUUUUAUAUUUUUUGCAUUUUGGAUGUGAAAGAUGAUACAGUUUUGUCUUGCUAACAAAUAGCUAAUGCUAGUAGUCAUAUAUAGAAAGCAUGCAUGCAACAUGAAAUAAAAUUAGAAAAAAAAAUGUAGUGUCAGCUUUUUUUAUGAUCACCAUUUACAAGGAUUUUUCUUUCAUUUUCUAGCUUCCCAUAUAUAAAGCAAUAGUGAUCAUUAAAUCAUGACUGUGAAAGUGAAGCUGGUAAGGCAAUUUACUAACAGGAUAUUUUAUUACACCAGAAGAGGAAGUUACUUUAUAAUUAGUAUUUCAUCUGGAAAAUCCUGAAUAGAUAUUGUAAGGAAAGUUAAAUAUCAGAGAAUCCUGAAAUGUACCUUAUAAAAUUUCUUUUGGUAGAUUCAGUGGUACUGACUUACCACUGUAUAUAUUACAGAUAUUUUUGAAUCAAAGUCCAUAAUUGAAGAAGAUGGUAUUAAAAUAUACUACCUCUAGUUUUUUAAAAGGUAAUUGAAAUGGAAUUAUUGCAUUGUUUGUAACUGGUUUUAAAGCCUUUGUGUUUGUGUGUGUGUGUGUGAUUUGCUUACACACUAAAUGUAACAGAAGUGGAUAUUUGUAAGUGUAUUCAUUAAUGAUGUGCAUUAUCACAGCAUGUUUUCAGGCACGAUACCAAAUCUUAACUUUCAAAUGAUCACUGUUCAUUUAUUGUUUUAGACAUUUUUCAACAUUUACUCCCUUUAAUUUCAAAACACAGGAACGACUGAACAAGCCAUUGUCCUCCCAUCUUUUUCUAUUUUCCGUUGUGUAGAACAUGAGAAUAUCCUGUUUCAGUUACCAUGAUGCAGACAAAAUAGAUGUGCACCUUUUAGUUGAUGUCCAUGAUUUUUGAUAUUUUGAACAUCUGUUGUCAUUUUUAUUUCUUUUAAGAAAGUUUGAAAUCUCUAAACCUGAAUGAUCCUAAUCCCGGAAGUACUUCCAUUUCCAUUAAUCAUCAAAUGCACCGCCAACAAAAUCCGUCCCCGCAGUAUGCAAAGAUUUCCUUAACAUAGUCCAUUCCUUAAGAUAAAAAGGAAAGACCAAAGAUCAAACUCCUUUAUAGAUUGUAACAUUUGGAGAGCAACGGCCAGUUCAGUUUUCUGUGUUGACG